GGCCUGACUCAUAAACUCUGCACUCUGUUCCGCCUCCCACAGCUGUGUGACCUUGGACGAGUCACCUCACCUCUCGCGUCUGAGGCCACCGUGAGGACAGAGGGACACAGUACAUGUCCGGCUCCGUGGCUGGCGCUCAGCACCCGGGAUCCUUCUUAAACCCGCGACUGCCUGGGCCGCUGUCAGGAUCCCUCCCAAGUACAAAGGCUUGGACCAGCAGGAGGCGCUCUCUGAGCUGCAGGCCCUACCUCUGCCUUUUCUGGGAUGCCCACAGUGGAGCGUGCCCGGAAGGGGGGUAAGGGGGGGAGGGAGCCCCUUUGUGGCCAGAUGUGUCCCCUCCCAGCCUCCCUCCUCUAGCAGGCUUUGACCUGCUGGUGGGACUCAGGCUAACCCAAGACCCUACCUAGGAAGGGCAAGCAUUGCUUUGCAAGGUUUUUAGGUUUUCCCCUUCUCUUGCUUUGUGUGUGUGUGUGUGUGUGUGUGUGUGUUUUCUUGCUCUGGCUCCCAUCGUUAGUAGGGGACCAAAUCCAGCUGUCAGCAGCUGUCUGUACAAAGACCCUUGUGCCUGAGGGCAAGAGGGGUGUGUCACAGAAUCAGUCAUUCAGUACAACCAGCAUUUGGGUUUUGAAGGUUUUAUUUAUUUAUUUAUUUGAAAGGCAGUUACAGAGAGAGGAGGAGAGACAGAGCAAGAGAGAUCUCCCAUCUGCUGGUUCACCCCACAAAUGGCUGCAAUGUCCAGGGCUGGGCCUGUCUAAAGCCAGGAGCUUCUUCCAGGUCUCCCACGUGGGUGCAGGGGCCCAAGCACUCGGGCCAUCUUCUGCUGCUUUCCCAGGCCAUUUGCAGAGAGCUGGAUUGAAGUGGAGCAGCCAGGACACAAACUGGCACCCAUAUGGGAUGCUGGCGCUGCAGGUGAAAGCUGAACCUGCCACAGCACCGGCCCCUACCCUACCCCAUCCCCAACCAAUAUGGUCUCUCAUAAGUGAGUAUGGGGCUGACACUGAGUUCAGAGGCCCUUGCUACCUGCCAGUAGGGGCCACAGCACUCUGAGAGACACAAGGCAAGUUGAAGUGGGCAGGACAGUGGGGCCAGGGAGACAGAGCAGGCUGCAGUAGGUCCCAUAGGUGGCUGGGACUGUCCAAAGGAACCACGAAUGAAAGGGCCUGGGACACAGUAAGGUCUCUGCAAUGUAUUCUUACGACACUUGUCCUUUGGCUAUUUGUUAAGUCAGGUUAAAUUCCCACAUAACCUGCUGAUGCGCUCUGAAAUCUAGAAGUUCCAAACUUUUUCCUUGAUAGGGAAAGGAGGCAAAGGCUGUGCCUUGUCCGUCCUCAGUCUAGAAAUGCUAGGGUGAGGGGACUGGCCCCUGUGUGUCUGGGCAUUGUGCAGCCUGUCUGUCCUUGUGUGCAUCAGUGUUUGGGCCGCUAGCCUGCUUCAAAUCCUGUGUUGGGUCCCCACCACCACCACCAUCAGCUGUGUGGACAAAUCUCUUAACUUCUAGAAAGUGUCUAGAAUAUGAUUAUAAUAACACCUACCCCCUAAAAACUCUAGCACAGACGACACAAGCCAGAAUUUAUAAAGCACCCAGCACAUGGUGGCUCCCGGAAAGUCAGCUUCCUUCCUGCUCCCCUGCAGUGCCCACCCCUCCAGCCCAGAGGCCAGGCCAGCCAUGGAUAUGCCUUGGUCAGUUGCCACCCACCUGCUAAAGUGAGGGGCUGCUUAACUUCAAGGUGGUGUUGCUGGCUCAAGCCAGGCCUGCCUUGGGUUGGAAGAGAGCACUGAACUCCACAGCAGAACCCUAAACACAGGAACAGCCAUUCUGUUCUUUAAGAAUAAACAUCCCCUAAAGCAUGGACAGGAAGGGCUCUGACGAGGACGGGGAGAGCUUUAAAUUUCCAAGAAUGUGCUGUGCUGUCUCUCUGCAUAGAAAAGUUUCCUCUAAUACCCUAGCACUGUAUCUUGUCUUCCUAGCUAACGGAUCUACCCUUGCUUUUUAUUACUACUGUUGUUGCUAUCAUUAUAUGAGAGCCGAGGGCGGGAGUGGGGCGGGAGAGAGAACCUUUAUCCACUGAUUCACUCAUCCAUAUGGGGCUGGGAAUGCAAUCCAGGUCUCUCACAUGGGCACCCAGCAUCUGAACCGUCGCUGCUGUCUCUCAGGGUCUGCAUUAGCAGGAAGCUGGAAUCAAGAGCUGGAGCCAAGAUUCGAACCCAGGUACUCCCAAAUGGGAUGUGGGUGUCUUAACUGCUAGGCCAAAUGCUGCCGACCCCCACAACGCGUGCACACACACACACACACACACACACCGCUGCUUCACUACCUGGUAGAAUGAAUAAAGCCCUCUAAGUCUGUCCACACUACCUUCUCCGGAGGUCCUUUGGCAGGAAAGGAGAAGGAAAAGCCCAGAUGCAGAAGGACCCAAGCUUUGGAGACAGGCAGAUCGGGGUGCAAAGCUUGGAUCUGUCACUUACUAGCUGUGUGAACCUAACCGUGCUGAGCCUCUCUCCUUGUCUAUAAACCCAGUCAAGGAGAAAACGUAUGUGAAGGCAAGCAGAGUUGGCAAUUUGGAUCCAAUGAACCUGGAUGAGGAUGACAGCACGGAGCUGCAGCAUGGGCCACCCAGAGUCCCCAGAAACCCUGCAAGGACCCAUGCCUUAGACUUCAGCUUCGCACAUACUCCCCUGGACAGCAGGAGCUGUUCAUUUCACCUGGCACCACCUACCCCAGCUAACAGGGGCUGUGUCCCAUCACUGCACAUAAAUUAGCUAACCCAGGGAGGACGAGGAGGCGCAGCAGGUCAAGUCCCUGCUUGGGACACCUACAUCCCACCUAAGAGUACCUGGUUCAUGUCCUGCCUGGAAAGCAGUGGAUGGCAGCCAAAGUAGUUGGGUCCCUGCCAUCAACAUGGGAGAUCCAGAGAGAGUUCCGGGCUCCUAGUUUAGGCUUGGCCCACCCUCAGCUCUUUCAGACAUUCGGGUGGUGAACCAGUGGAUGGACACUCUUUUUCUGUCUUUCCCUCUCUUCUGUCUCUGCCUUUUUAAUAAAUAAGUACAUCUUUUAACAAUAUAACUAACUGCUGCCCACAGCACUUUCUGUCCUUCGUCCCCUCUGAUCGGCCCAGCUGCGAGGCAGGUGGAUGUUAUUCUCAUCCCAGGUCUACAGAGGAGCCGACUGAGGCAGAGUGAGGAUACUAAAGCAGCCCCCUCGUUGAAAAGGUUACUCUCCCAAGAGGAAGAUUGUGGAAGGCCUUGUUCUCAGGACACACCGCCCGUGGUGUGACCGGGGCAGGAAGGAGGCUCCUAGACUGGUUCUGCUAUGGCAGGUAGUGUGACAUUGGACUUGUUUUACAUCCUGUCUGGGCCCUUUGCCAUCCUACACCUGCCUGUCCAAAUCUCACAAAGCCUUCAACAUCUACAGUUGGAAAGGGUUUUAAAUAAUCGCUUGGCACCGUCUCACUUUACUCCCAAGGCAGCUAAGGUCGGGGUAUCUGGGUUUGUUCACCAUUACCUGACAAAGGACUGGCCGAGCGGGCACACUGAAUGCAGGGCUUCUGGUUUCCAGUCCCGUGUCCUUCCCACUGUCACUAUUUUGAGUCUCCCAGGCCUGAGCCCCUAUUGUCCUGUUAAUCAACGCCACACACUAUUGAACUCUUCAUUGUUUCCUGUGUUGAUCUUGUCUCCUCUAAUUGUGACAUUCUUGAGAGCGGGAGCCACUGUUUUAUGCAAACGGAGUCCAUCAAUAUUUGCUGAUGAAGGAAGAAACCACUGGGGGGAUGCUUCCUGGUCAUUUCCAAGAUGGAAACCAGCCUUGCGGAAAUGCAGAGUCCCCAGAGUGCUGGAAGGUGACAGGAAGGCUGACGAGUGUCCCGUGGCAAUGCUGGUCUCGCAGGAGGAGCUGCAGCCACCUCAGCAGGGCUGCGGACAAUCAAGUCCAGGUGGCGGCCCUGCCCGGGCAGCAAGGGGGCAGAGACAGAGCCGCGGGCUCACCAGGGACCUCUGCAAGAGCUGUGUGGAAAGGUGCGGGGGUCGGGGGGGGGGGCGUGCGGGGAGCUGGGAAGCAAAAGUUACCCAAGAUGUGCUGACCCAAUCGGGGCUCCUAAAAAGGUUUAUAUGGAAACCACUUCUCCUGCUCUCCCAUAUUGAAAACCCUGUCCAAAAUUCAUUUCCCAAGUACAACUGGGCAUGCAUUCGAUUCCUUAAGGAGUUCAUGGGGAACGAAGCCUCGGCUCUUUUCUUCCCCCAUGCAAAAAGCACGCUGGAUCCAGGCUUUCUCCUUUUUUUUUUUUUUCUCUUUUCCCCUGUUGCUCAAAUAAAUAGUGUUCUUUGCUCAAACCCCCUUCCCCUCCUCCUCUUGCAAUCUCAGCGCCUAGCCCAAAUCUGUUUUCUUCAUUGUAACCUCAGCUUCACCGCAAUUAAUUUUUUUUCCCUCUGGUCACAAGAUAAUUCCUGACGCCAGUGAGUCUGGAGGUCAGACGAACAGCAAAUUGGGGAACAAGGCGGCACUAAUUCCUUACAAGUUUCCCUUGAAAAAAUCUUUUGCUUAGGAAAAAAAAAAAAAAAGCUUUGCUGUUUAGCGAUUUAUGACCUCGGAGGAGCUGUGGGUUCGAACCAGUGCUGGGUUAAGGGUGGCCUGGCAGGGGGCAGGGGAGCUCUAAGAUCUGGGGCGCUGCCAGGAAAAGGCAGAUUCUUGAAGUUAAUGGUUUUAAGUGAUUUUUUAAAUCCUUGCUGGCGAAGAGGCCCGCCUCUCCCCAGCAUCAGCGCUUCCUCAUUCCUUGGAUCCGCGGCUCCGCGGUCUCCGGCGAGCGCCCAGCUCGAAGAAGCCUGUUAGCAAUUUAAGCGGGC